AUGAUUGGUAGUCAAUCUAAACGAGCAAUGAACCCCGAGCUUCUGGUUCAUAGUUGUCUUUUCUACGUUUUACGCAUUUUACAAAACACUCAGAAAUCAAUUGCCGGUUCCUCGUCGCCUUACAUUGCUCCUUUUUUUAUCAGAAAGAAACGGUAUCCAGUAGUAUAUAACAAACAAAUUUUCAAACAAACCUUCGAAAAGAUGUCUCAAUCAGCUUCGACCUCUGGACCACUCUUAGUCCCGAUAACCCUAAAUGAGGACAAAGUUACUCGCCUUUUGGAAGAAUUGCCAGCCCCUGAGAAUCAGGAGCCUGCUUUAGCCGGUUUAGGAUGGACAACCCCUCAGAUAGUAGGAUUCACCCUGAAUGAAACGGUGUAUUAUCACACGCUGCAAAAGAAUAAGGAAAAGUCCCUUUUUAAGUUACAUCCGGUGGUGCAGAAAUUACUAGGAGUCAAUGAAAGAGGACUUACCCCGGAAGAUCUCGAAACCCCGUCGAAGUCUUGUCCUCCUAAUCCCCCGAUUGAUCCUGUCACUUGUCCGGCCGAGGUAUCCUACUUCAUGCCGGACACUCCUUUUGUAAUGAAGCCCUCUUCAACAAUGAAGUUCAUCACCUAUGCCCCCAAGAAACCGGCGACUGAUCAAACUACUCCAGAAAAAGGGAAGGCCAAGGAAAACCCGUCAACCAACGAAACUGUCAAACCAGCUGCUCGAUAUUAUCGAUCAGAAGAGCCACCGACCAGUCCAGUCUCUAAUGCAAAAAUUGACGAUGUUGAUACGGUCAUGAAGAAUAACGACGUUAAACCAGAAGUGUUCAACCCUUUUACCGACCCCGCAACGUUAGCAGCCUUCUUCAAAUGGCAAGCAUCUCUUGAAGUGGAUAAAGGCAAGAUCAUCAGUGAUGUCGCCAAGAUCAGUCUUAAUCAAGCGACUAGCGGGGAUGAACCCCGUGCCUCAGCCAGUCCUUUUGAAUCCAAUCAGGGUGGUUUUCCCACUGAACGUGACUCCACCAAGACCAUCAAGAGUUUAAUGAUUCGCAAAUUCCCCAAAUUCGACGGGACUUCGCCAACAGACGCCAACAUCUGGCUCCAAAACCUUGCCAAACACAUCCUGACGAGAAAUUCUAUCGCCGAACGUUUCGAAAACUUUUCUUUUCGCUCCGGUGAGAAAGUCAUGGACGCCUUUGGUAGAUUUCAGCUUAUUCAAACCGACGCGGCUCAAAUCAGUUACCCAUAUGAUGAAGGAACCAUGUUCAUGAGAAAACUUCCCCCCCAGAUCCGAAAAUUUGUUCAACAGGAAGUGGAUAGGGAAGCAAGGAAUGGAGUCACUAUGUCCUUUCCCAAGCUCAUCCUGUGUGCAAACGCACAGGAUGUGUUGUUACGCCCAAAUGGCGCAUCAGUUAAUUCAGUUUCACAAGAUCACGCAGCGCGUUCGAAAGGAAAUAACAAACGCAAGGCUAGUGAGGUGGCAAUGAAGAAGAAUGAUAGAACUUGUUACAAUUGUGGUAAGAAAGGUCAUAUCUUUGGUACCAUCGAAAAUCGUGAGUGUCCUGAACCUGCAUCCUCUAGGACUCUUAACUACUUCAAGAAAGUUAAAGGCAAUCCAAAAGCUAGUGGAUCUGGAGAGUCAAAAGCAUAG